AUGAUCUUCGCAGCCCGCCAACUUCAGGAGAAGUGCCAGGAGAUGCGGACGCACCUGUACUUUACCUUCGUGGACCUGACGAAAGCCUUCGACACGGUGAAUCGUGAAGGACUGUGGAAGAUCAUGCAGAAAUUCGGCUGUCCGGAGCGAUUCACCCAGAUGGUGCGUCAGCUGCACGACGGUAUGAUGGCGCGAGUCACGGACAACGGAGCUGUCUCAAAGGCAUUCACAGUGACCAAUGGAGUGAAGCAGGGCUGCGUACUGGCGCCUACCCUCUUCAGUCUUAUGUUCUCUGCCAUGCUGAUGGACGCCUACCGCGACGAACGCCCCGGGAUCCGCAUCGCCUACAGGACGGACGGUCACUUGCUGAAUCAACGGCGGAUGCACUUCCAAUCGCGCGUAUCCACAACCACCGUUCACGAACUCCUCUUCGCCGACGACUGCGCCCUAAACACCACCUCGGAAGAGGAGAUGCAACGGAGCAUGGACCUGUUCUCCGCCGCCUGCGAGAACUUCGGUCUGGCCAUCAACACACAGAAGACGGUGGUGAUGCACCAACCGCCACCCAACUCGGCCACAGCCCCCAACGCGCCGCCGCAAAUCAGCGUGAAUGGGACCCUACUGCAAGUGGUGGAGAACUUCCCUUACCUGGGCAGUACUCUCUCCCGCAACACCAAGAUCGACGACGAAGUCGCCAACAGGAUCUCGAAAGCCAGUCAAGCCUUCGGUCGCCUCCAAAGCACAGUUUGGAAUCGCCACGGUCUUCAGCUGAGCACGAAGCUGAAGAUGUACAAGGCCGUCAUCCUGCCGACACUACUGUAUGGAGCGGAGACUUGGACGGUGUACGCAAAGCAGGCACGUCGUCUGAACCACUUCCACCUCAGUUGUCUUCGUCGCAUCCUUAAGCUAAAUUGGCAGGAUCGAAUCCCCGACACUGAUGUGCUGGAACGGACGGGAAUUCUCAGCAUCUACGCCAUACUGAGGCAAAUUCAGCUGCGCUGGAGCAGUCACCUGGUGCGCAUGGACGACGAGCGACUACCCAAACGACUCUUCUACGGAGACGUCGCGACGGGUUCUCGCCGUCAAGGAGGCCAGAUUCGCCGUUACAAGGAUACAUUGAAGUUCUCCCUGAAAUGACUGCAAAUAAACCCCACCAACUGGGAGGAGCUUGCACUCGAUCGACCGACCUGGAGGAGGACAGUGAAGACAGGCGCUGCGAUCUACGAAGCCAACCGCAUCGCUGCCGCCAAAGCGAAACGUGAAGCCCGCAAAUCACAACUUCGCCCAGUAAGCAACGCCGCCGCACAACCGCUUCCAACGUGUCCUCGAUGUCAACGGACAUUCCGGGCUCGAAUCGGACUUGUUGGACAUCUUCGGAUUAACUGCGCCUCUCAAACGGCACCAACCAUCGUCCCCCCGCCCGCCUCUUCCUCCUCCUCCUCUCCGCCGCCAACUAACCCUGACAAUUCUUCUGACCCACCACUUCCAUCAUCCUUUUCCUUCUUCUCCUCCUCCUCCUCCUCCUCCUCCUCCUCGCCCACUGCUCCAACGGCGGGCGCUCAGGCGACCGUCCCGCGCACAACAACCGACACUACUACCACCUCACCCGACUCCAGCGAUGAGGAUCAGGACUACACCUGCCCUCACUGCAACCGUACCUUUACCUCACACAUCGGCCUGGUCGGUCACUUGCGAAUCCAUCGCACAGAGCCUGGCGAACCAGUGCCUGGAGCACCCACCUAUACCCACCGAGCUCGUCUCAACUGCCCACACUGUCCUCGCACUUUCAGGCACCGCAUGGGCCCAUUCAGCCACAUGCGCAUCCCCGACGACCUGCGGUAG